CUAUGGCCCUGGGGUCGACUCAGCCUCGAACAGAAAUGAGUACCAGGAAUCUUCCUGGGGGUAUAGGGUGGUCGGUGGGUAAGGCUGAUGACCUCACUGCCAUCUGUGAGCCGAGUGUCUAGAGAAAAUGUGGGAGCCUUAACAUCUCACAACCCUAUGGGCCUCCAUGGCCUGUUAUAGGGAUAACUUUACUUAUAAGAUUGAUGGUAUUCACAGUGGUGUAGACUUUUAUUGUGGUCUUCUGGGUUAUAACACCAGUGUUUCAGAGGAACUUGCUGCUUCCAUCUCCAUCUUCUUGACUAUGUCCACUCCUCCACUCAAAUUCUGAGGCCCACGCAUCCUUCAGCCCAGUGUACAUCCACAGUUCAUUCUCUGGCCUAAAGCUGUAAGAGGAUGCAUCUGGCAACUCAUUUCCAUCCAGUCCUGAGAUGAGAAUAUGUGGUGCUUUCACUCCACACCCACAGUACUCCUCACCAUGGAACUUCAGCACAUUUUACCAUGUAAGCAUGUUCUAAUUUUGUUUUGGCUGAUGGAAAGUGUAUGAAGUAAACCUAAAAUUAAAUUUAUUUCUACUUGUAUCAUUUAUUACCAUAGCAAUAGAAACAUAUUUGCAUUGAAAUAAGGAUAUUGAUAGAGUUACAGAUAAUUUAUAUCUUUUAAUCAUUGAUGGGAAAAUAGAUUCAGAAUGGUCAAAAUCUGUCUCUGACUAAAAGUGUAACCUAUUUCAUCUUAUGGCAGUGUGAGGACUUUCCCACUUAGUAAUGCUAUGACUAUUGAUAGAACUAUUUUUGUGCUUCAUUUCUUCCUUCCUAGUUAUAUUAGCUAACAAAAGGUUUUCUUUUUUAAAAUAUGGAGUACAGGAAAAUAUUGCAUAAAUAUUUUGUAGUUCUAUUUUGUGCGUCUGUACCUAAUAUUUCGACAAUUCCUCAUUGCUACAACUGUUGAUAAUAACACCAUAUUAAUAUUGAACAUUACUGCAUAAUGAGGUUUGGAAGUGAUGGUUAAUACUGUCACAGCAAUAUUUUCUUGGACAUUCUCCAUUUUAUGGAUAAACAUAUGUACAGCAUUUUGCAGACUGGUCUGUUCCUUAUCUUGCAGGUUAAAGUACUCUGUAUGGUGCCCUGUUACAUAAAGCUGGUCCUUAUCACUAGGCAGUGAAUUAGAUUGUGAGGUACAUGAAAACGCGAACAGAAUUAGCAGAAACUUAAUGAACAUAUAAAGAUUCACAAAGUCGAAUUGCAUGAAGUGAAAGAAAUUGUGUAUAAUUAUUUGUGAUUUGUUUUACCACACUAUCAGUUCCUAGACUGUAUACCAUCAAAUUAUAAGGUGACUGGUGACCUGGAAAACAUGUCAAAGGAAGUGAUCAUCACCUAACUGAAGUGUAAAAGGUAAUCAUCUCUUGUGUGAUGGCUCUGGCCACCGCGAAGCCUGGCAUAGUGGGUUCCUUGCCCUACGCAGCAGUUGCCCCUGUGGGCAUCGCCACUUCCGUAUCCAGCCAGUACCACGCUCAAGACACGCUGGGACAGUACAGCUACGGAUAUGCAGGCGGCCCCAGCGCCAAGACCGAGACUCGAACUGCUGACGGCAUCACCCGCGGAGGCUACUCCUACAUCGACGGCCACGGACUCGUCCAGAGCGCCAGCUACGUCUCUGACCCCGUCAACGGUUUCCGAGUUGCGGCCACUAACCUCCCUGUCGGUCCCUCUGUUCCCGCUGCACCCAUAGCUCCUAUUGUUGCUGCCGCCCCCGCCGUAUUGGCCGCCCCAGCCCCCAUCGCACUCCCAGCAGUAGCCGCUGGAGCUCCCCUCGAGACUCCCGAAGUUAUCGCAGCUAAGGCCGCCCACUUCGCUGCUCACGCCCAGGCUAAGGCUCUUCUGGGUCGCAAGAGGCGCAGCCUUCAACCCGUUGCCGCACCUAUUGCAUCAUACGCCGCUGCUCCCUUCGCAGCAGCCCCCGCAGCUUUUACAACCUACGCAGCCGCCCCAGCUCCCGUUGCAGCUUUUGCCGCCCCCGCACCUAUCCCCGUCGCUAAGACCUUCAGCUACUCCACCGUCUCUGCCCACGCUGACCCUGUCGUCGUCGCCGCCCCCGCUCCCGCUAUCAGUGUAGCUCGUGCCGCCCCCGUCGCCUUCGCCGCCCCUGCACCCGUUGCAGUCGCCGCCCCUGCUCCCGUCGCAGUUGUUGAGCCAGUCAAGAGCUUCGGAUAUUCCACCGUCUCUGCCCAUGCUGACCCCGUUCUCGUCGCCGCCCCCGCUCCAGCUGUCAGUAUAGCUCGUGCCGCCCCCGUCGCACUCGCCGCCCCUGCACCAGCUGUGGUUGCCGCCCCUGCACCCGCUGUACUUGCCGCCCCCGCACCAGCUUUUGCUGUGGCCCGCGCCGCCCCCAUUCUCUCCGGCUCCAGCCAGUACCAAGCCCAAGACACCCUAGGACAGUACAGCUAUGGAUACGCCGACAGCAACUCCCAGAAGCAGGAAGCCCGCGCCGCUGAUGGUACUACCCGUGGAGCUUAUUCCUAUGUGGACGGACACGGCCUCGUCCAGAGCGUCAAGUAUCAUGCCGAUGCCCUCGGUUUCCGAGUUGCGGCCACCAACCUCCCCGUGGGCCCCGCCUAAACUACCGUCCCAUACCCUGGCUAGACCACUGUACACGUACCUGCAUGAUUGGUCCACAUUGAAGAUUAAGCAUUUCUCAAGCAGAAGGCAGGUCUGGUGCAACUACCGCCCCAGCCCUCCACAAGGACGCCCCUCUCCUUGUGCAGUGCCGGGCGUAACACUAAGAGGUGUCUCAGGUUACAGGCAGGCUACAAGAGCCAGUCCAUGGAUUGGAGCCAAAGUCCCAAGUGUUAAAAUUUCAGUGUGAACCGGACUGAAGGAGACGAUCACAACAAACCCUCCCCCGCACCGCGCCCUCUGGAGCCCUCGCUGGAGUCCAGAGGUCAUCAAGCUAGCGAGUACUGUGUUUCUGAGGUCACCAGCUGGGUAGGAGAUGCUACCAGAGCUGUGAUCACCACCUCCUCUUCCUAAGAUCUGUUUACUGUUCUCUCAAACUGCCAGGGCCCCUCUAUCGCGUCUUCUCUUCAGCUCCUUUACAUAUUUUCGGGAUCCCAAAUGUGAAAAUCAUAGUCAUUUAUUAUCCACUCAGAAAUCAAGCCUCUUACUUCAACUCUUCGUGUUUGAAUGUGUAUAUAAUAUUAUAUUACUAUGUAUUCUUAUUUUGCAGCAUUAUGUAAUACAAAGAAACAAAAAA